AACUGUAGAAAAAAUUAUAGUACUUAUUAAUUGUAUUAACUAAAUAACAUAUAAAUACGAAGAACUGGCACUUUGCAAAGAUCUUUCAAACCGCAUAAAUAAAUAUUAAUAAUAUGGAUUAGUAUAAACACACAAUUUGUGCAAAAUUGUGUGAAUUCUCCGUGUGUUUGCUGGAGUGCGACCUCACACCUCCGCCAUCGCGCGCGGCAGACGCGUUUGGCACGAGACCGUUUGGCAUCGUUUGGCACGAGCGCGCGCGCGGGGGGUAUAUAGAGGCUCCGGGGUCGAGUCUGAGCAUCACUUCGAUCGGAAACACACCAGCACGGAUCUACUCUUCAGCUUCUCUUUUCACGGACACAAUGGAGAGCAUCACUUUCACGCACGGAUUAAACGCUGAAACAAACGCGACGCGACUCUGGAGACCCUGGAUCGAUAAAAGCAGGCAUGGACGCAAAACAAACGCUUAUACGCCUUAUGGAAGAGCAUCAGCUGACCCGAAAGUUCCUGUGAUCUCACACCCUGUGAAGUUGUUCUGGCCCAAAUCUCGCUGCUUCGAUUAUCUGUACCUGGACGCUGAGAUCCUCCUGCGCAGUUAUCCGGUUCAGGCCACUAUCUGCAUGUGUGAGGACUCAGAGAGCGAUGAUGAAGAAGAUGAUGAAGAAGAGCAUGAGAAAGAACGCAGCUGAAGACCUUCAUCACUUUAUUCACAGACUC